AGGAGAGGUUUUUCAUUCCAUUUAAUCAUAUUAUACUCAGGAACAUAUUUUUUCGUAUUCAACUCUGGCCAUAUGAAUCAUGUUCCAAAAGCAUAUAAUUUAUAUUCUGACUUGGAGUAUUUUUUAGGUGAAUUUUCAUUAGAAACACACGCACUCAUAUGCUACUGCUUAGCCUGUAAGUUAAAUGUGGUGAUUAUUAUGUGCGAAUAAAUAACUGGAGUUACUGUACUUUAUAUGCUACUCUCUACGCUAUAAUUUUUUAUAGUCUCGAUAGAUCCUAGCACCUUAAUUGUAACCCGUCCAUAACUUUGCUCUCUUUAUUUCCGUGUGAGUGCGAGCGAUCUUUCUUUCAGAACAUUUCUUUAAAAAAUAAUCUACACAGGUGUGAUCCGGUCGGUCAUGGCUUUCUCCACCAACUAUAUCCACAUGUAUAGUCAUCAAUUUCCAUACCUAACCUGGAUUUUAAGCCAAAUUGUAUGGUUUGCCCUCUUUUCAGAACAAAGUUAAAUUUCUUAUCUACAUUGAAAAUUAUACUUACCUACUAUAAUCCUGUUAAAAUUAUGCCCAAAUUUCAUUUUUCAAGAAGUACAUUCAAAAUAUUGACGUAAAGUUCGAACUUCCUGUGUAUUCAACAUGAGAUUAUUUAGAGUGUAUACAUAUAAUACUGUUUUUUUUUAUAAAAGCAUUUGUGAUUAUCAUAUUAAUGAUAUGUACCAUAAUUGUUCCUAUCUUGAAAAAAGUAAUUAAACAUCUAUGCCACGAUACCAGACAGUUUUUUUCUACUGAAUUUCCAUACCUAACCUGGAUUUUAAGCUAAAUUGUAUGGUUUGCCCUCUUUUCAGAACAAAGUUAAAUUUCUUAUCUACAUUGAAUAUUAUACUUACCUACUAUAAUCCUGUUAAAAUUAUGCCCAAAUUUCAUUUUUCAAGAAGUAUAUUCAAAAUAUUGACGUAAAGUUUGAACUUCCUGUGUAUUCAACAUGAGAUUAUUUAGAGUGUAUACAUAUAAUGCUGUUUUUUUUUUUUAUAAAAACAUUUGUGAUUAUCAUAUUAAUGAUAUGUACCAUAAUUGUUCCUAUCUUGAAAAAAGUACUUAAACGAUACCAGACAGUUUUUUUCUACUGAAGUGCAUAUUUUUCCAUGAUAAUAAAAGUUGUAUUAUAUGAUUAAUUGAUAUUGCAAACAAUUUGAUUAAUUCAAAGAAGAUAAAAAUUAACGUAGCCAUUCCCACGAGUUCACCAAAAUUUUAGACACUCAUUUAUGUGUAUAUAUAAUAUUUAACGGUAUAAUCUUUUUUUAAGAUAUUUAAUUUUUCAAUUGUGUUUAAUUGAUGACUGGGUUAUGAUUUAAUGGCUGCUUCUGCAAAUGUUCUUUCGUCAUCUGGUCAAGAUAUAAGUAAUGGAAUAUUUCAAUUGUUGAAACCUGCUGUAGAACAAGUUGACACUCAGGUUCAAAAAGUCAGAGAAAGCCAAAAUACAUGAAUAUAUUUGGAAUAGCAACUUAGUCGUUUUGGAUCAGAUAGAAUUGAGGAAUAACUGACAGCCAAACAAGAUCUGUAUACUGUUCCAUGGAUAGAUAUUACACUUGCUGACUUGCAUAUUCCAUAGCAACAUGCUGAUAUGCUAUUCCUGUCUUUAUGACCCCAAAUCAAAACGUCUGGAAAACUUUUUUUAACUCAUAUUUAUUCAUUGCUGGUAGCUUAAUAUCUAGUGACAUAGGUGAUACCAAGAAUCAAGAAUGUUUGCAAACGAAGUCAGAACUCUCAAGGAUAAUUUCAAAUCUGGGAAGACCAGAUCAGCAGGAUGGAGAAAGACUCAACUGUUGGCUCUUCGGAGAAUGUUACGAGAAGCUAAGAAAGAACUCUGUGAUGCUGUGUAUCAAGAUCUUCACAAAAAUCCAGUGGAAACUGAUAUAAUGGAAAUAAUGGGGAUUCAAAAUGAGAUUGUUCGAAUGUUAGGGUGUAUAGAUGAACAGGUCAAACCUCAAAAAUGUUCUAAAAGCUUAUUGGCUAUUUUGAAUACAGUGCAUAUCAGGAAAGAGCCUCUGGGUGUGUGUUUAAUCAUAGGGGCUUGGAAUUCUCCUUUGCUAGUGUCUUUGCAGCCCAUGGCUGGUGCAAUCGCUGCAGGAAAUUGUAUCCUCUUGAAGCCGUCUGAACUAACUUCUGCAACCGCAGGUUUAUUGCAUAAAUUAAUUCCUUUAUACCUGGAUCCUGAUUGUUAUAAAGUAGUCAUGGCUGGACCGAAGGAAUCUAGUGAUCUGGUCAACAAUCAUAAGUUUGACUUGAUUUUUUAUACAGGUGGAUGCCAUGUAGGCAAAUUAGUUAUGCAAGCCGCCGCAAAAACCUUGACGCCUGUUAUUCUCGAACUUGGAGGAAAAAAUCCCUGUGUUGUUGACAAGAGUUGCGAUCUCGAAUCUGCUGCUCGUCGAAUUGCUUGGGGAAAGUGGACAAAUUGUGGUCAGAUUUGUGUAGCUCCUGACUAUAUUCUAUGCGAACAGCAUAUGGUAAGACCACUAAUUCAGAAGUUGAAACAAUUCAUUGAGGAGUAUUUUGGGGAAGAUCCUCGGAAAUCAUCAAGCUUUUGUCGAAUUGUCAAUGAACGACAUGUAAAACGCCUUGAAGGGCUUCUAGAAGGUGUUGAUGUUGUUUAUGGCGGAGUCGUAGAUGAAAAGGAAAAAUACAUUUCUCCAACAAUAGUAACAAAUAUAAAAAAGGAUGCUCCAAUUCGCAAGGAAGAAAUUUUUGGUCCCAUUUUACCUAUUUUUACGGUGGAAAACGUUGAUGAUGCCAUCAGAGUAAUAAACAACGAAGAAAAAUCUCUGCAGAUGUCAAUCUUCGCCAGAGAUCGACGUGUGAUAGAUAGAAUUAUUGCUGAAACUUCAAGCGGAGGAGUGACGGUAAAUGAACUUUUGAUGCAGCAUAAUGAGGUUGAAUUACCUUUUGGAGGUGUUGGUGGUAGCGGGAUGGGAAUGUAUCAUGGUAAAUUUUCAUUCGAUUCAUUUUGUCAUCAACGUUCCUAUUACGAAUGUGGAACACCAGAAAUGAUUAACAGAUUGCGAUACCCACCCUAUACUGAUUGGCAGCAUUCAAUUCUUGGUUUUGUAGGAUUCAAAAAAGGUCCAGUUCCUGCUGCAGUGAAGUUUGUCUUCAAGUUAUUCUUGCUGGCUGCAUUUGGAGCUUUGGUUUCAUACUUUUAUGGCUCAAUGUAGUAAAUAACCCGCAGCAUUUUUAUAUCAAGUCCGAAUGUUAUUUUGUUCAUAAACUAUUCUAUAAUAAGCCUUAUUCAUUUUAUCGACUGGUAGUCUGGUAUUGAUCAAUUAUUAUCCAAACUUUUGUGGUUUUGCUUUAUUAUGCAAUAUAAAACAAACCAAUAAAUAAAUAUGUUAUAUCAUUUGUAUAGUGGUCAAUUGAUCAAAUAUAUUAGUAUUCAGUAAAGCCAAUCCUGCAUGGCAUUGAACUCCUUCUAAAAUAUGUACUUCUCCAUUGGCUAUUCAUCUUUCAAAGCAAUUUAGUUGUGUGUGCCUUUCAUACAAAUAUGAGAAAUUCAUGCAUAAUAAAUUGCAUCUUACCAUACCAAACAAUUUGCCUUUUUCAAUAAUGCAUGUAUGCAUCAAAGUCACAUGAUUUGUAAUAUUGUAUAAAAGAUCAUUAAAAUAUGUAACAAGUAUUUAUUUCCCAUAGUCUAUAGUUUCGUUUCAUCAUUGCAUCAUUGUUAUUUUUCUUGAUUUGAAUUCAACAAAUUAAUUGCAUUGGAAUUAUGUAUUUUUAUAAAAUAACCUGUUUUCAACUAAGUAUCAGUCAUGCUAUCACCUAUAUUAACGUUCUGCAAAAAUUUGUUGGUAUUCUGGAUAUCUGUCGUCAUUUUAUAUUUUCUGAAUUUAAAUGGUGUUGGUGUUAAGGAGAGGUUUUUCAUUCCAUUUAAUCAUAUUAUACUCAGGAACAUAUUUUUUCGUAUUCAACUCUUGCCAUAUGAAUCAUGUUCCAAAAGCAUAUACCCGUAAUUUAUAUUCUGACUUGGAGUAUUUUUUAGGUAAAUUUUCAUUAGAAACACACGCACUCAUAUGCUACUGCUUAGCCUGUAAGUUAAAUGUGGUGAUUAUUAUGUGCGAAUAAAUAACUGGAGUUACUGUAUUUUAUAUGCUACUCUCUACGCUAUAAUUUUUUAUAGUCUCGGUAGAUCCUAGCACCUUAAUUGUAACCCGUCCAUAACUUUGCUCUCUUUAUUUCCGUGUGAGUGCGAGCGAUCUUUCUUUCAGAACAUUUCUUAAAAAAAUAAUCUACACAGGUGUGAUCCGGUCAUGGCUUUCUCCACCAACUAUAUCCACAUGUAUAGUCAUCAAUUUCCAUACCUAACCUGGAUUUUAAGCCAAAUUGUAUGGUUUGCCCUCUUUGCAGAACAAAGUUUAAUUUUUUAUCUACAUUGAAAAUUAUACAUACCAAAUACUAUAAUCCUGUUAAAAUUAUGCCCAAAUUUCAUUUUUCAAGAAGUAUUUUCAAAUAUUGACGUAAAGUUUGAACUUCCUGUGUAUUCAACAUGAGAUUAUUUAGAGUGUAUACAUAUAAUGCUGUUUUUUUUUUUUAUAAAAACAUUUGUGAUUAUCAUAUUAAUGAUAUGUACCAUAAUUGUUCUUAUCUUGAAAAAAGUACUUAAACAUCUAUGCCACGAUACCAGACAGUUUUUUUCUACUGAAGUGCAUCUUUUUCCAUGAUAAUAAAAGUUGUAUUAUAUGAUUAAUUGAUAUUGCAAACAAUUUGAUUAAUUCAGAGAAGAUAAAAAUUAACGUAGCCAUUCCCACGAGUUCACCAAAAUUUUAGACACUCAUUUAUGUGUAUAUAUAAUAUUUAACGGUAUAACCUUUUUUUAAGA